AACAAAGCUGUGUUGAAAUUUGAAAAAAGAUCUUGUUUUAGCUUCAAAUUUCUUUCAAUUUUGCCCCUAAUACCCCGUCCAAAGCAUGUCAGGUUUAUUUGACAGUGAGGCAGAAGAAUCUGGCGAGGAUAUAGCCAGUGGAAGCGAGGAAGAUGUAGAGGAAGACGAAGAAAUAGCUCGAGAAGAAGAAGAAACGACCGCCAUUGACGAUGCAAAUGAUAUUAUAAACGACGAGGAAAGCGAAGGCGGAGAGGACGACGAUGACGAAGAUGAAGGUGAAAGCUCGCGGAGUAGGAAAAGAAAAGGUUGGUCUUUCAGUUUUCUUGCUUUAUUAAACGAUAAAUGUGUCUUCUAACGCUGUUUUGAGAGGAUAGAUUUAUAGUUUUAUUAGUGCUGACAUUGCUGCCUCGUUGUUUAAUAAAUCCUGAUUUUUUUUAUCCAGGACAACAUUAAUAAAAUUAGACUAUCCCACAGUUGAAAUAAAAAGGUUUUUUAAAGAAUGAGGCAGAUCUAUACAGUUACAUGCUAUGACUGUAUAAGGCAGGUUGUUUCAUUUUAAAAAUUAAUACUGUUAACCAGUAUUUCUGACACAUGUGAUCCAGGGUUGGCAAGUCUGGGUAUUUUUCAGUUUACUGUAUGGAGUACAGCAACUGUUUGAUGGCAUGAUUUGUAACGAUUCGUCGUCAAAAUGCACUUGUCAUGUUCCUAGCCAGUGUGCGUAUGAGAGGCAUUCACCCCCCUGAACAUCUGCCAUUUUGAGUAUUUUCAGGGGGUGGAUGCCUCUCAUAUGCGCACUGGCUAGGAACAUGCCGACAGCAUUGCAACAGUUACACCAAAAUCAUAGGCAAAACCAAGAUGUUGGACUUCUGUAUGAUCUCUGUUACAUACUAACACAAGCGUUUCAUGCCACGCUGUUAAUUGAAAUAGUUUGUCUUCACUCACUCAUUUUCAAAAUAUGUUGGCAAAACAUAAUACAAACUGAGCGAACAAAAAAAUCCACUGAGACACAGCAAAUAUUAACUGAUGAACAAGUUGGGUCAUUCCAGAAAACAUCCAUACCACCCCCACGGAGGAAAUUUAACCCCCCUACCCCCUUCGGAUGUCCUAAUACAUUUACUAUCAUCAGAAACAAUUUUUUCUCCCCUCCCCUACGGACGGCAGAAAUUUCCUCCGUGGGGGGAGUAUGGAUCUUUUCUGGAAUGACCCGUUGAAAAAAGACGUUUUGUUAAUGAAUUAACGAAAAGAUGUUUUGCAAAUGUGGGAUACUAGAUUUUCUGGAUGGAUACCAGAUUUUAAGUUGCCAGUAUCCCAUUGGAUACUGCUGAAAAAUUCAAAUUUGAAGCCUUGAUCUGGUCUGUGCUAGCAUAGGUAGUGAUAAUAGCACCAGAAAUCUGCUGUGUGAGAGGGAUUCAAACACACCUUCAUGGAAGUUAGGCUACUAUGUGGGCAGUUUGGCUACUAGUUUCCCGAUAAAGGGCCUUCGCUCGAAACGUCAAAGUUUUACCUGUAUUUGUCAGGCAGUCGAUUCCCUCGCGAUACGCAACUUAGGCAAGACUUUUUUUAUUUAUUGGUUUACAGAUUUGACUUAAAAAAACCAGGUCGGUAGGUUGGACAAAUUUUUUAAAAAAACACUGAGUAUAUUUAAAAUCAAUGUUUUUAUCUUCUAAAAAUUUAACUUCUACUUGGAAAAACAUGGCUAAUCCCGAGGUCUCAACAACAACAUGAGCCAGCAGUACUUAGAAUCAAGGUUUACUUGGAGUGUACUUCAUGUCAGAACCCCAAAUUAACUAAAAUUAACUAAAGUCGUAAAAAUUGUUGACAUCCUAGUUUUUUUUAUUUUUCACUUUCUGAAUAUUUACGGUCGGCGGAUCCAUAAACCAAUGAAUAAAAAAAGUCUUGCCUUAAUGGUCUUUUGUGUACAAAGUUGUCUUAUUCUAGUAAUUAUUUUGUUUCAGAUUUUGAUGAUGCAGUUGAUGAGGAAGAUCUUGAUUUGAUUGAGGAGAACCUUGGUAUCAAUUUAGAUAGAGUAAGUCAUACCCCAUGUUUAACCCUUUAAGUGGCAAUGUACCCUGCUUUAGUAUUUUAAUCUGUCUAACGCCAGAUGAUUUUACUUGUCAAGUGGAGAGUGCUGCCACUCAAUGGGUUAAGGAUUCCAAGCUCUAAACGUUUCUUGUUGUUUUGCGUUGGUUUCCUAACCCACUUUUUGUUUAUUCUGAACAGAAAAGAUACAAACGUUUAAAGAAAUUGAAGCCGAUUGACUCGGAUGAAGAAGACGACGAUCGUGCGUCUGUUGGUGGACACAGUGCUGAUGAACGAGAAGCAUUAGCUCAUGAACUGUUUGAAGAUGACGAUAUGGAACAACCCCCAGUAUGUCUUAAGAUUUGUUAACACAUUGUGAUUUGUCAGGAUGAUUUCAGGCCUUUGCUCUAUUAUAUGAAUGUUAUUUGCCAGUGAUGUUGUUAGGUCAUAUAUGCAAGUGUUGUCAAUGUAUGUCUGAAAUCAGUCUGUGGGAUACUGGAUGCUUAGGGGGGAUACUAAACUUUGAAUCAUUGUAUCCCAGUUGGAUACCGAGAAAAAAAUUAAAUUUCAGACCCUGUAAACUGUAUGUCAGGCAAAUCACUUUUCCUCCUUGUGUUUCAAGACUUGUGAAUAUGCCUUCAUGUUCUUUUCCAGAGAGCUGUAUCUGUAACUCCUGUUGAACCUGUGGAAGAUCAGUACGCUGUGUUAGAUGAUUCUGAAUCAGAAGGUAUUGAACACAUCAUUAGGCAGCGGUACAGAGGCCGGUUGUUCAAGGGAGAAUUAGCGCUAACCCUGGGUUAAACUUUAACUUGCUGUUUUAAUUUGCACAUUUCUGCACCUUGAUUUCAUUUAUAACUUUAGAAAAACAAAAGUUUUAUUGAUCCAGACAAGAUUUCUGAUUUAUAAACAAACUUUUGCUGUGGAGUUUCAACGCGAACCAAGGAUUAUGCUAACCACCGGCUUUCGAACAACCUGCACCAGAAAAUUACCAGAAACCCCCACAGAUGCUCAACAUCAAUGUGUGGAUACUGAAAUUUUUUUCAUUUCUUCUCUGAAAAAUCUUUACCCCACUGAAAAACUUUAAACCCCCCUCCUGUUACUCUCGAUUUCAAUUUGCUUUUCAAAACUGACUUCCAAUGUUUACUUGUAAAUUCGGAAUGUUCGUUGUAAAGUUCCGAAGUUUGUUUCGAAGUUCGUUACGAUGAUUUACGAUGAUUCAAUAGCAAGCGAUUUGAUUGGCUGGUUCACUUAACUAGCCAAUUACAACUUACUAAACUUGAUUAUCGUAAAUCAUCGGAACGAACUUCGAAACAAUCUUCGGAACUUUACAAUGAACAUUUCGAAUUUACAAGUAAACAUUGGAAGUCAGUUUUGAAAAGCAAAUUGAAAUCGAGAGUAAAUGCUUUCCCCUGGUUAAUGAACUGUCUUUAGAACACCCAAAAAAAACAACAAAACCUCUAAACACAUACACCCUCUUUUAAAAAUGAUUUAUUUCAAUUUUUAGGUGAAGACGAUUUUAUAGUUGAUGAUGAAAACCAGCCUGUCCGUGAGCGAUCAAGGAAGAAGGGCGGCAAAGUCCAAGACAGGUAUUGUUAUAACAUGAAUUAAGGCCCAUUUCCACUCAGGAAAAUUUUCCGCAGAAAGAAAAUUUUGUAAAAUAUGAUUGGCGGACACAAAUUUUCCGUUGGAAAAAAAAUUUUGAAGUUGAAAAUUUUCAUAUUUUAACUUAACAAUGAUAUUUUCGGAAAAUUUUCUGUCUGUGGAAAAUUUUCUUGAGUGGAUUGGGCCUUAAGGCUACCCAUUAUGCAUGGUUAUAGCAAGCCAUUAUAUCAAGUGGUUAUAGCAAGCCAUAUAGCCAUUGUAGAUCUGAUAUUUUUGGCCUGGAUUUGGACUAUGGAGAAUUUCAGAAGUUCUCUAUAUAGCUAUAUGAGUCGUAUCACUUAUGCACGUUAUAGCAAGCCAUGAUCUGAUCACUUUCUAGAGCAUUACAAGAGGCACAGGAUAUUUUUGGCCUGGAUUUGGACUAUGGAGAAUUUGAGAAGUUCUCUAUAUAGCUAUAUGAGUCGUAUCAUUUAUGCAUGUUAUAGCAAGCCAUGAUCUGAUCACUUUCUAGAGCAUUACAAGAGGCACAGGAUAUUUUUGGCCUGGAUUUGGACUAUGGAGAAUUUGAGAAGUUCUCUAUAUAGCUAUAUGAGUCGUAUCACUUAUGCAUGUUAUAGCAAGCCGUGAUCUGAUCACUUUCUAGAGCAUUACAAGAGGCACAGGAUAUAUUUGGCCUGGAUUUGGACUAUGGAGAAUUUGAGAAGUUCUCUAUAUAGCUAUAUGAGUCGUAUCACUUAUGCAUGUUAUAGCAAGCCAUGAUCUGAUCACUUUCUAGAGCAUUACAAGAGGCACAGGAUAUUUUUGGCCUGGAUUUGGACUAUGGAGAAUUUGAGAAGUUCUCUAUAUAGCUAUAUGAGUCGUAUCACUUAUGCAUGUUAUAGCAAGCCGUGAUCUGAUCACUUUCUAGAGCAUUACAAGAGGCACAGGAUAUUUUUGGCCUGGAUUUGGACUAUGGAGAAUUUGAGAAGUUCUCUAUAUAGCUAUAUGAGUUGUAUCACUUAUGCAUGUUAUAGCAAGCCAUGAUCUGAUCACUUUCUAGAGCAUUACAAGAGGCACAGGAUAUUUUUGGCCUCGAUUUUGACUAUGGAGAAUUUGAGAAGUUCUCUAUAUAGCUAUAUGGGUCGUAUCACUUAUGCAUGUUAUAGCAAGCCGUGAUCUGAUCACUUUCUAGAGCAUUACAAGAGGCGCAGGAUAUUUUUGGCCUGGAUUUUGACUAUGGAGAAUUUGAGAAAUUUGGACAAGAAGAUUACUCGGAAGACGAGGAGGCAGACGAAUACGAAGAAGAAUAUAGUGAUGAAGAAGGACAACCCAGGAGACGAGCAAAGAAAAAAACUUCGAAGAAAACCAUUUUUGAUGUAAGGCACUGUUUCAUCAAUAUUUUAAGUACUGUCAUAUUUCUUGUUUUGCUCAAGGCUUUUUGAAUAUUGAACUUAAUCAAACAUUGUGUUGCUCUAUGAAUGUACAUUUUCUCAUUGUAGGUUUACGAGCCAAGCGAGUUGGAAAAGAUCCAUUUGACAGAUCGAGAUAACGAAAUACGUAUCACGGAUAUGCCUGAACGAUUUCAGGUAAUGCACUUUUUUAGUUUUAACUUUAAAGUGCACCUAACCUUAAUUAUUUUAACAUCUCAUUCCUAAGAACCUUUGAAAUGAUGUUGUAACUUAUUUUGAAGAUUUUCGUUUGCACACUUUGUCUUGGAGUUAUUUCAGUUUUGUUGAUAUGCAAAUGUCCGGAAUUUACGUCACAUGAAUAAUGACUGAUCAAAGAAUGUAAGGUACAGUUAAAUAUCAUGAAAUAAAAAGGCUAAAUGGUGUUUUACAUAGCUGUGUAAUCCUCGCACAACUCCAAACUCGAUAAACUCGAUAGUGAAUGAGAUAUACAAGCUUUCACUUUAAAUCAUUAUGCAUUUGUUACGUAAAUUCCGGAUAUUUGCAUACCAAACAAACUGAAACAUCUCAGAAACAAAGUGAGCAAACGAAAGUCUUCAAAAUAAGUUAUUAUAUAAUUUCAGAAGUUCUUAAGAAUGAAACGAUAAAAAAAUUGAGGUUAGGUGCAUGCACUUUAAGGAAUUCCAUAUGUCAUUUUGAGUGCUAAUAAGCAAGCGACAUUUUUGCCAACACGGAUGUCAGAUUGCUGAGGGGGAACUGGAUUUUAAAAAAUGUGUUUGUGGUAAUUUUCAAGACAUAUGACAAAACAUAAGAUUCUUAAAGUUUUUGGCUUCCUUACAAGAGCACUAUGACGCAAAAUGCCGCCAAAAUGAACUGUUGAAGGAAAUCAUAUUCCUCCCUUUCUCUAGUUGCGUGAGAUUGCAAGCAAACCUUCUGAGGAUGGCGAGUUAGACGAUGAAGCGGAAUGGAUAUAUAGACAAGCAUUCAUGACAAUGCCCGUCUCAAAUCAAGUAAGUAACGGAUGGGGCCCAUAUGCAAGCCUUAAAAUAUCUUUUACAUGGCCGUCUGACAAAAUGUCCGAUAACUUUGAGUUUAGUUCGGCUCCGAAAUGAGUCUGAAUGACACAAAUUAAUAUCAGCACAAUGUAUUAACGGUAAAUGUCGUGAAGAUAUUAAAUAAUUUGUGUCAUUCAUACUUAUUUCCAAGCCAAAAUUAACUUGCUUGCCAAUACAGGGUUCGUAGCGGUCUUUGAAAUCCUUGAAAGUCUUUAAAUUGGAAUGCAGGUCUUUGAAAAGUCUUUAAAUUGUGUGAAAAAGCGAAGAAAGUCUUUAAAAGUCUUUGAAUUCUUUGAGUAUUUGAUUAUACGAUUUCCUAGCUAAUAAAAUAGAUUGAUUGAAGCAAGAUUUUCGCAAAUAUCGACGAAAAGGCCCAUUUUAGGAUGUGAUUUGAUGGGACUAAUUACUGGGUAAAAAUGGUGCUUACACUCGCAAUUUUUCGACACCUGAUUGCUCUCAAAGGUCUUUGAAAAGUCUUUGAAAAUAGGCAGAAAAAAUAUUUGAAAGUCUUUGAAUUUUUUUGGUCUUGGAGACUACGAACCCUGCAAUAUAACAGUUGUAAGAAUUCGACCAGUUAAGCCCGUUUUCCAUUUCACUACUUUGCUCGCCGCCCCCGCGCUCGACGAGCCUCUAGUUCUGGACUAGGGUACAUUUUGAUUGACGUCGGACAAAGCUACAGUUCGGUCGGACACCAAUUCACUUGGGUCGAACAAACAAUAAACCUCAGUUUCACUUGGGUCGAACAGAAUGUCCAGUGGUUUCCUCUCUACGUCGGGCAAUUUCACGAAUGGGUCGGACAAUGUCGGUGAUCCACCGAUAUUUCAAGGCCUGAUAUGCAGUUGUCUCAUUUCACCCUCCGGUUUUUCAGCUACUUUAAUUUGCACCAUUUUUCUAGGACUUUCAGGAUGGUGAUAAGUUUAUACAGUCGACUGUGACCAAGCCACCAACGGCAAUUCCAAAAAUUCGCGAGGCCCUAAAUCUUAUGAGGAAUCAAUUCUUUGAGGUAUGUUUCACCGGUAGUAACCCUGCAUCAAUAAAGAAUGGUCCUUAUGGGUUUGUAGGGAAAACUGUUUCGACUGUAUAUUUCUGCGUUUCAGGUGCCAUUUAUUGCUCAUUAUCGAAAAGAAUAUGUCGAACCUGAACUAAAGAUUGAGGAUUUGUGGAGAGUGUGGGAAUUUGAUGAAAAGGUCAGCUAUACUUAGGCCUGGUUUGAACUAUCAAAGUUUCUGUGAUCACAGUAGGAAUUUCUAUAAGUUUUGAAGGAUUUCUAAGAAAUGUUUGAGGGAACUUACUUUGUUUUUAAAUUAAGUCGAUUCCCUCAAACAUUUCUUAGAAAUCCUUCAAAACUUAGAAUUUACCGAUGCAAAAUUUCUACUGUGUACUUUCAAAAUUACUGUUAUUAUUUAAAAAUAAAUAAAUUAUAAACUCCCUAAUACAAUGGAACGUUUAAGAAAUGCAUGGUCUGUUGUGUUUUUUUUUGCAGUGGUGUCAGUUGAAUACGAGAAAGAAGAAUUUGAAACGGUUGUUUGAACAAAUGCAGACGUACCAGUACAACAAGUUGAAGGAAGAUCCGGAUAAACCUCUGGACGAAGAUGAAAGGAUUUUGGAACAGGAUGAUGUUGAAAAGUAAGGAAGAUUUGGCAGAAAGGAACAGAAGAGAGAAAUGGAUGAUUAAAGAUUGGAUGUUAUGAAUCAAGGGAGGGCGGAUGGAAGAAAGAAGAAAAAUAAGGAUGAAAUAAGAAAGGAUGAAGGAAAUAAGAAAGGAAGACAGAUAGGAAAGAAGCAAGAAAGGAGGAAAGAAAGAGGAUGAUUGAGGGUUAGGAUAUGUGGGCUAGGGUUAGGAGGAGGAACGAAAGAGGAGGGUUAGGGUAUGGAGGUUAGGAGGAGGAGGGAGGAAAUAAAGAGGUGGGUUAGGGGGGUUAGGAUUAGAAGGAGGAAAGAGAGAGAGAGGUGGGUUAGGAUAUGGUGGUAUGGUGGUUAGGAGGGAGGAAAGAAAGAGGUGGGUUAGGGGUCAGGAUAUGUGGGUUAGGUUAGGAGGGAGGAAAGAAAGAGGAGGGUUAGGGUAUGGGGGUUAGGAUUUGGAGGAGGAAAGAGAGAGGGAGGUGGGUUAGGUUAUGAUGGUAUGGUGGUUAGGAGGGAGGGAAGAAAGAGGGUUAGGGGUUAGGAUAUGUGAGUUAGGUUCGGAGGGAGGAAAGAAAGAGGAGGGUUAGCAUAUGGGGGUUAGGAUUAGGAGGAGGAAAGAGACAGAGGUGGGUUAGAAUAUGGUGGUUAGGAAGGAGGAAAGAAAGAAGUGGGUAAGGGUAUAGAAAUUAGAGUUAGGAAGGAGGAGAGAGAGAGAGGAGGGUUAGGGUGUGGGGUUUAGGAUUAUGAGUGAUGAGAAGGAGUGGGAAAAGAAAGUGCAGGUAGACAAAACAAGAAAAAUAGAUGGAAUGAAAAGAAAUAAAACAAGAAAAGGAUGAAUGACAAGCUAGAGGCAGUCCACACAAUGGAAGAACUACAUACUUGGGGUGGUCUAGUGUUGAAUAACAUCACUUUAUUCCAGACUAGAGGCAGUGCAAACAAUGGAAGAACUACGUGAUGUCUACUCCCACUUCAUGUUAUAUUACGGCCAUGAGAUUCCCGCCAUGAGACUGGCUAAGAAGAAGAAACCAAAAGAUGAAGGACAGGAGGAAGGCGAGGAACCUCAAGACGAUGAACCAGAGGAAAGAUUGAAAAUGCCAAAAAGAAGAGACCUCUAUACAAUCUGUCGAGAAGCAGGUGCGUGCUGGAUUAGUUGCUCGAUUAGUAGACCAUUGCUUUCUGAUCAUUUAAUAAUAAUAAUAAUGAUUUAAUUCUUCAGUGCGCAUUUACAAAAAUUUCUCAAUGCUCAUUACAAUGGUAUUACUUAUUAAUACAGUAUAUAUAUUAGAUUAUGUAGUUAAAAAUUUGCGAAUACUAAGAAUUAUUUGUAAGCUUGGUUAAAAAGAAGAGUCUUAAGUUAUUUCCCAUAUGAACUUUGCACUAUCCUUGGGAUCUCUGAGUUAAGUUUGUUUGCCGAUUGAGAAACGUAUCGUAGAAAUAUAAAUUUUGAAGGUAGUCAUAACUGCAGGUGGCAUAUCAUAACAUACAUAACCGCACGGAACAUACAAGAAAUUAGUUAUGAUACUCAGAACAUUCAUAACUUAUCUACUCGUUCACACACAGGGACCCAGGCUCUAUUUACCCGCGCCCGCCUGUGACUUCCCAGGCGGGCGCAAAUAGAGCCUGGGUCUCCGGUGAUCGCUAGAUAGUAUACUUCAAAAUAAGGUUUCCGUUUUUAUAACGUAGAAAAAACUAUCCUAACGCAAAACUAAACCCUAACCCUAAUACUAACCCUCAUCCUAACCCUAACCUAAACCCUAACCUAUCCCUAACUUAUUUUAAUUAUUUAAAAAAUUGAUUUUUCUUCUGUGCUGGUGUUGUGUACUCAGGUGAAUAUGAUGCUUGUGAUGUUACUCCGAGUGUAUAUCCACACCGGGCGAGCUUGAGAAAUAUGCCUGGCUACGGUGGGAAUCGAACCUACGACCUUUGGAAUAUUAGUCCAAUGCUCUGCCGACUGAGCUACGCGGUCAGGACGGUUCGAGUAAGUGAUAUAUCGGAACAGAAUCUAGUUCCUUCGAUACCAAUGUAAUCUAGUAAUAUGAUUUUUUUCUGUGCUGGUGUUGUGUACUCAAUGCUCUGCCAACUGAGCUACGCGGUCAGGACGGUUAAAAAUUGAUAUAAAAACGGAAACCUUAUUUUGAAGUAUACUAUCUAGCAAUUGCCCUGGGUCUCCUGUGGUUCACAUGUAUCAGACGAAGAAAAUCACACUAGAAAGUGUAAAUGAGCCGUAACAACGUGUUUUAGGUCUCGGUGGUUUUGCUAAGAAGUUUGGCCUCACACCAGAGCAGUUUGGCGAGAACUUACGUGAUAAUUACCAGAGGCAUGAGACUGAGCAAUAUCCCAUGGAGCCUGGCGAGGCUGCGGAGGAACAUCUCUCUAGCAUGUUCCCGACGACUGAAACAGUUCUGGAAGGCACACGUCACAUGGUAGCCAUGCAGAUUGCACGUGAUCCACUUGUCAGACAGUGCAUCAGACAGAUAUUCAGCGAAAGAGCUAAGAUCAAUAUUACGCCGACGAAAAAAGGAAAGAAGGUAUGGAGUGCUUGCAACUGAAGACUGAGCUAACUUUAUUUAUACUGGAUAGCUCUGUCAGUUCUAAACUGUUCUUCCUAGAGGUCUGGUAAGAGUCUUCUCUUAUUGAUCCAGUGUUACUACAGGAGAAAACCUAAACUAACUUUAUUUAUACUGGAUAGCUCUAUCAGUUCUAAACUGUUCUCCCUAGAGGUCUGGUAAGAGUCAUCUCUUAUUGAUCCAGUGUUACUACAGGAGGAAACGUAAACUAAAUAAACUAACUUUGUUUAUACUGGAUAGCUCUAUCAGUUCUAAACUGUUCUCCCUAGAGGUCCAGUAAGGGUCAUCACUUAUUGAUCCAGUGUUACAACAGGAGUAAACCUAAACUAACUUUACUUAUUUAUACUGGAUAGAUCUAUCAGUUCCAAACAGUUCUCCCUGGAGGUCCAGUAAGAGUCCUCUCUUAUUGGUCCAGUGUUACCACUGGAGGAAUCCUAACUAGACUAACUUUAUUUAUACUGGAUAGCUCUGUCAGUUCUAAACUGUUCUUCCUAGAGGUCCAGUAAGGAUCAUCUCUUACUGAUCCAGUGUUACUACAGGAGGAAACCUAAACUGAUUUGUUUUCUCGAAUAUUUUAGGAUAUUGACAAAGACCACGAGUAUUAUCCGUUUAAAUAUCUGAAAGAUAAACCAGUGGCUGACUUAAAGGGUGACAUGUUUCUUCAGAUACAUAAAGCGAAGGAGGAGGGUUACAUUGAACUUAAAAUCGGCAUUGACCUUGGGCAAGGGUGAGUCACCCUGUAGAUAAUAUUAAGACAACAUUUUCUAUAUGUUUUCUCAUGAUUUAUUAAUACGUUUGAGAAUAUAACCUUAACGAUUUUGAUAUUUUAGGUUCCACUCCUAUUACGAUGAAGCCAAGCAGUUGUACUAUAGGGUAUGUAGCUUCUUGUAGUAAAUAUCGAGAUUUUUUUGAGAUGAUCUUUUGUUGGUGGAAUGUUCGAAAAUUGUAAUAUAUGUAAUAUAUAAAUUUGCGUUCAAAUAUUUUACCUACAAAAAACCUAAUACAAUCUAUAUAAAUUUGCGUUAAAAUAUUCCUUCUACUAUAUGUAGCUUCUUUUGAGUUAGGAUCAUAUUCCGACGUUAAAAUAUUCACAAGUCAUUCCUUUCUGCGUGUUUAGGAUGAGUUCAGUAAUCUGGUUCAGAUGUGGAAUGCACAGCGCACCCAAGCGUUGUAUCGGACUUUCUAUCAGAUGUUGUAUCCAUUGUUUGCGAAAGAACUCGAGGAGAAAUUACUGCAUGAAGCGAAAGACUUUGUCAUUAAGGUGAGGUGUUUUAGCUGAAUACUGGUCCUACAAUAUGCCGCGAGACUGGCCAAUUCUAUCAAGAUAUGAUGUUCUGGAAACUGAACAGAAGACAUUGUGUUAUGCACCCAUCUUGUGUUAGGCUUGUGUUGUCGCCAGCGCUAAGACGACAUUUGACAGCCAUUCGUCAGAGGCUGUGUGUAAUUCGCCGCUACUUGUAGUCAUGACAAACUGAAAUUUUAGCCCGGUCUUGCACUCGGACAAUAUACCAAAUAGACAAAGCUUGCAAGCCUUUGCCCACCACUCAACUCACAGCGCCCUUGAAGCUUCGACCUUCCAUUCUUUGCACACUCGCUUCGCUCAUCAAUUAAUAGCCGGAGUCUCAGUAGAGCAAAACAGUAUUGGCCACACCCAAAUUAUUAUUAGCUAGGACUUCAAACCAUAGAUAUCUUAUAUACACUAGAUGGAGUGCAUCUAAUUAUUCUGCAAUUCAAAAAUUGAAGCCGUGAUUGCAGACUCAGCAUAUCCCCAUGAAAUGUUUUCUAUUUCUUAAACAUUAAGUUAAACCUACUCCAAAUACAUUUUCAAACUAUUCUAAUAAUGAAAGUUAUUGUUAUUUUAUAAGCGUUUAUUAGCGAGUGGGAAACUUCAACAUGGCCGCCAUCUAUUCAAAUGGGGGUAACCGCUGGAAUAUUCUUGGCUUCAAUUUUACUGAAAGAGAUGCGCUAUCUAGUUUAUAUAAGAUAUCUAUGCUUCAAACAGAUACCUGAAGGGCUGGUUAUGUUUUUGUCGGCGUUUAUGUUAAUUUCUGCACGGUCACGGGGAUUCAGCUCUGACAUUGUAUUUUCGUAUAAUGAAGUAAUCAUCCAAUAGGGAUAGCUGAGAUGAAACGUGCAACCACGAUCGUAAUAUUUCAUGAAGUUGAGACAAACCCUGAAUCCCUCAAGUUAAAGUCGGACAAUUGUCUUUCUCUAGAGUGCAUGUCGUCGUCUGUAUUCCUUGGUCGAAGUCGCACCUUACCAAGCAGAGCAACACAAUGACGAGGAAUACGACAUGUUCUCUGGGCCCCAAGGUCUGCGCGUCCUGUCAGUGGCCGUCCCAUCAGACCCGCAGAAACCUGUGUUCUUUGUCAUGCUCAACGGAGGAGGGCAGGUCGGAGAUUUUCUCAAGCUUAGUUUUAUUAUGAAGAGAAGGUAUUCGAAUCGAGCUAAAGAACGUGAAAAGAAGGUAGGCGUGUACACCAAGCUAACUUUAUUUAUGCUGAAUUGUUCUUCCUACAGGUCAUGUAAGGAUCAUCCCUUGUUGAUCUAGUAUUACUACAGGAGGAAACUUAAACUAAACUAACUUUAUUGAUGCUGGAUAGCUCUAUCAGUUCUAAACUGUUCUUCCUAGAGGUUCAGUUAGGAUAUUUUUUAUUGUUCCAGUGUUAUAUACAGGAGGAAACCUAAACUGAACUAACUUUAUGUAGUAGGUAAUCAUGCAAUGUCGAGUACAAUUAGGGAUAGUACUCGUGAUGUUUGGAAAUUUUGCCAAAAUUGGACGAGCCGCCGGGGCUACUAUUAAUCCCUAAUUGUACGAGCAACAUCGCAUGAUUACUUGUUUAUUAUUAGCAUGACAAAAUUGGAUACUUCUCAAUGUCAACAUCAUAUUAUCUCGCCAAAGCCCAAUCCUGCAAGACUUUCAACCAAAAUUUGGUGCUUUUGUUCGUAUUUUCAUUUAGUUAUUUUGUUAAAGAAAAAUUUGGUGCUUUUGUUCGUAUUUUCAUCUAGUUCCUCUGCGGCAAUUUCAUUUCACAUUUGUAUUUAAAAUACCUUUCCGCCAUUUUGUUUGUUUGGGGAAAAUCAUUAAUUGUACUGCAAUACAAUUAAUAAAAUAAUUGUACUUCUCUCAACCAAUCAGAAUCCAGUAAUUUUGUCAUGCUAAUAAUAAUACUGGAUAUAGCUUUCCCUAGAUGUCCUGUAAGGAUCAUCUCUUAUUGAUCCAGUGUUACUAAAGGAGGAAACCUAAACUGAACUUAGUCUAACUUUAUUUAUACUGGAUAGCUCUAGAUAUUUUCUGCUUGUGUCGAUAAUUUUUUUAAAUAUAAUCCCUUGCUCAAAUUAUUUUUUAUUUCAACUUAUAAUUUUCCCUAUUGAAAAGUCUUGGCACGAAUAUUUUUUCAAACUUUUAAUGGUGCACGAAUUUUUUUCUUUCUGUUUCCCCUGCACAAUUUUUAUUUAUGCUCCCCCCCGCCAUCACUUUUCUGAUGGUCCGCCCCUAAGGAUUUCUGAAUCCUGAAUGAAUCUAUUUCGUUCUCCAGGAAGAAGAUUUAGAAAACUUGAAACAGUUUGUCCUGAAGAAGCGUCCUCACGUGAUCGUAGUGGCUACAGGAAGUCGUGAUUCUCAGAGCGUCCUUGAAGAUAUUAAACUGUCCAUGCGGGAGCUUGAGCAGGAAAAUCAAAUGGCGCCCAUCAAUGUCGAGUUGGUCGAUCAUGAAGUCGCUGAAAUAUUUGAGAAAUCUUCCCGUUCUGAGGUACUUGGAGGCUGUUGUAUGCGAGAAUAGAAGAGUGUUGUACAUUUAUCAAAAUUUCCAUUUAAAAAAAAACUUCUACAACAGACAAUUCCCAUUAUAGACUACUUCUAAAACUAGACAAGCAGAUGCAAAUAAAUCAACACAGCUAUAGAAACAGCAUACUAAAAUGAGUAAAAUUGCAAAGUUUGGUUGCGAAAUGUUGUAAAAUGUGGAAACAUAGUCUUGCAAAGUUUGCAAAUUUUGUAUACUUUUGUAUUGCGUGCGGAAAUUGCUACCAUUUUCGGCCCAAAUGUGGUACCAAUUUCCGCACGCAAUACAAAAGUAUACAAAAUUUGCAAACUUUGCAAGGCUAUAUGUUCCGCGUUUUACAACAUUUCGCACUAGCUGUGGUGAUUUGCAUCUCCUUGCCUAGUUUUAAAAUUAGUCUAUAAUGGGAAUUGUCUAUUGAUUAUAUCGAGUGAGAUGCCGGCCCACAAUCCUGACACUUACGCAUACACCUUACACAGGCAUCACUCCAGUAAAUAUACAUGAACUUGUGGUUAGAGCUCGACAACUGACCUCUGUGGCUCAGUUGAUUAGAGCGCUGCACUGGAAUCGCCGGGCCGCAGAUUUGAUUCCUGUCAGAGCGACCUAGAGUUGCAUUUUUCGCAACCGCUUCUCUGGUUAGGUCUAAAUAAAUGUAUAGAAAUUCACACUCAAAAAUUUCCAUCAACAAAACCCUUCCAUAAUUUGUAUAUAUUAUCUUUUUAGACUGAGUUCAGAGAAUACCCAGCCAUCCUAAGGCGAGCAAUCUCUGUGGGUCGUCGCAUCCAGGAUCCAGUGGCCGAGUUUUCUGGUCUGUGUGUCGAUGAGGAGGAGUUGUUGUGUUUGCGAUUACAUCCAAGACAGGUAACACUUUCUAGAGGUUCAGCGAGGGUCAUCCUCAAAGAGCUCUAUCAUUUUUAAACUGUUCUCCCUAGAGGUCCAGUAAGGAUCUUCGUCUUAUUGAUCCAGUGUUACUAAAGGAGGAAACCUAAACUAAACUAACUUUAUUUAUACUGGAUAGCUCUAUCAGUUCUAAACUGUUCUUCUUAGAGGUCCAGUAAGGAUCAUCUCUUAUUGAUCCAGUGUUACUACAGGAAGAAACCUAAACUAAACUAACUUUAUUUAUACUGGAUAGCCCUAUCAGUUCUAAAUUGUUCUUCCUAGAGGUCCAGUAAGGAUUAUCUCUUAUUGAUCCAGUGUUACUAAAGGAGGAAACCUAAACUAAACUAACUUUAUUCAUACUGGAUAGCUUUAUCAGUUCUAAACUGUUCUCCCUACAGGUCCAGUAAGGAUAAUCUCUUAUUGAUCCAGCGUUACUACAUGAGGAAACCUAAACUAAACUAACUUAUUUAUGCUGGAUAGCUCUAUCAGUUCUAAAGAGUUCUUCCUAGAAGUCCAGUAAGGGUAAUCUCUUAUUGAUCCAGUGUUACUACAGGAGGAAACCUAAACUAACUUAUUUAUACUGGAUAACUCUAUCAGUUCUAAAGUGUUCUACUUAGAGGUCCAGUAAGGAUCAUCUCUUAUUGAUUCAGUGUUACUACAGGAGGAAACCUAAACUAAACUAACUUUAUUUAUACUGAAAAAUACCAAGAGGUCCAGGAAGAAACCUAAACUGAAAUGACUUUUUGAUUAUUAACUUGAACAAUUUUCUUCAGAAUUUAAUCCCAAAAGAAGAAUUGCUGAGUUCUCUACGUACUGUAUUUGUGAGUGUGGUGAACGAGGUCGGAGUGGACCCUAACCGAGUGCUCGACUUCCCUCAUACCUCGGGUCUCAUUCAGUUUGUAUGUGGACUUGGACCCAGGAAAGGAUCGGCUUUGAUCAAGGUUAGAAACUGAAUCCCUAG